AUGUCCACAAUAGCCUCCCCCCGCCCCUCCCUCUCAAUCCGCAGCCCCUCCUCCUCCCGCACCUCCCUCGACACACCCCCAGCACCAGGCGCCCGCCAACCGCCCAACGCGCGCCGAAACCGCACCGCCCUCCGCGACUAUUACAAUCUCAAGAACGCCGAAGCUACCGAGGCGUCCAGCGCGCCACAGAAUGCGCUGAAAGAAGAGGGCGAAGUCAGCGAGCUCGACAAAGAGGGUUUCGAUGCUGCGAAGUAUGUCGAGGACGUGCUGGCGACGCAGGGACUGGAGGGUGUGUUGAAGGUUGAGGCCGGGCUAUUGAGCGAUAUUAGAAACCUGGACGGCGAACGCAAGGCGCUGGUCUAUGACAACUACUCCAAACUCAUCGCGGCUACGGACACGAUUGGCAAGAUGCGAACGAACAUGGAUCCAUUAACACCAGCGACUUCGACGCUAGCGCCUGCGAUAGCCCAUAUUGCGGAGACGGCGACGGCGCUCUCGACAUCGUUGUCAAGCCGCACGACAGCGAAGGAGCUGGGUGAGGCAGACACGAAAGACGCUAGAAAGGAGAAGCAGAAGCAGACAGUACGAUGGGUGCUAAAUGCGCCUAGGAGGCUUCAAUCUCUGAUCCAAGAGGACAAAAGAGAGGCAGCUGAAGCCGAGUGGGACGAUGUCCGGAGGUUGCUUGACAAGUGGAAAGGUGUGCAGGGUGUGGAAGAGGUGAGAGUGCGCUGCGAGGCUGCGCUCAAAGGGGAGGAGGAUUGA